GUCUGUUCGAUAAUUAUUUUUCGGAAACUUGUCCAUCCUUUUUUCUUUCUUGGAGAGAUUCCCCUCGCGUGUCUUAUUAGUCCCUCCUCCCGGCUAUCCCGCCCCUGUUGCGCUGCCGAGAGUUUAUUUCAUCAUGGGUCGAGUCGUCCUCAUAUCUCUGCGAGUUUUGCAGCUGGCCUUGUCUUUAGCCAGCAUCAGUCUUAGCAGCUAUGUUAUCAACUGGUUCAUGAGCAACAAAACGCCCAUACCAUCACCCUUCAACUACCUCCUCGUAUCAUCGAUCCUCUCGGUAUUCUCGCUCGUGUACCUAGAACUGGUACCUCGUUUCGCACCUCGCUUCUCACAACAAUACGUCGCCAUCGGGGUCGAAUCCGUCAACGCCGCUUUAUACUUUGCUGGUUUCAUUGCGAUCGCCAUCUACAUCGGGUCGCUGGUCUUUUGCGAGGGAGCCGUCUGCUCUUCCGGCCGGGCCGACGCCGUGGUUGCCGCGGGCCAGUUCACGACGUGGAUCGCCACCACAAUCCUCAUGGCCAAGGACAUGUUUAAAAGGGGCUUUGAGCAACCCAAGUACGCCGACAACAGCCGGGAAAUGGGACAAGUUUGAAGAGGCCUAAAAUAUCAAAGUUAGGGCCAAAUUACAGUAUUCAAGACGUGGAGCGAUGUCCGACCUCGGCAGUUAUUCAGCUGAAUGCUGGCUGCUCGGAUGCUUUCGAUACAACACGGGAAAUGCGUAAAGGAUGGGAGAUUGGAUUCAUGACAGGCGUUCAGGUAUUGAUUGAUUUGCAAGGAGAUAGACGGCGCCAUUCCGGUAUGGCCUCUCCAAAUUGUUAAAGGUGUAUCGGCAAGGACAAUACCUUCAGGAGUU